AUGGGCUUUUUUUCGUCCAGAAAAGCAGAGGACAACGACAGCUACCAGGUUGCCAUCGGCUUAGGAGGAACCACUACUGAGAAGGCCUCCGUAGUUCAGGUCAUCCGUUCACGUUUCUACGGGAAGAAGGGAAAAGAACGAGAAGAUCAGCCUAUUUCAUAUCUGAGUGGCGUUGCUGCAGCGCAAGCACUCUCCCCGCCACAUAUACCAGUCGCCUCAACCCCACUACCCAGUAGCCCUCUUCGCCGAGAGGCGGCGCCAGAGAGAUCUCGUGCUUAUGAAGACCGCGCGCUACCCCCUACGCCUUCUUCAACAAAGAAUCGGUCAAAUGGCAAGACGGUCUCAACCCUUGGUAUUCGGACGGAUGAUAGCAUAGCAUCUUCCUCGCAUAAGCAGGCGGAGAACAGCGGUUCCCCUACCUCGCUUUCGCCUCGCAAAAAUACCGACCCUGUCACAGCGACAUUGGCACAGCGUCUGAAUGAACUUGCUCUAGCAAACUCCGAGGGGUUACUAAAUGACGACGAAUACCGCCUUCUCCGACAGAAUCUGUUUGAACGGUUUGCCAGUAGCACUGCUGUUCCCAUCGAGACACCAGUGGUUCCCGUUUCUCCCGCACGUCCACGUCUUAAGAAGAAUGGGACAGCUCCAUCCGUCCGCCCUUUGUCCAAUUUCCAAGUGGAGACUCGACCGGCUUCCAUAAGCUCAAAAACAUCUGCGACAUCUGGCGUCGGUAGCCUGUUUAGACGGGCUACAGGCCGACGCUCCAACGAUACCAGCGAUGCUGCCAGCGUUUGGUCGGCAUCGUCCAACACCUCCUUUUUCAAACUUCCCCGAGCGCUAUCCAAAAAGUCCAGCAAUUCAUCCUUACAAACAAAUACGUCUCGUAUGCAAUCCGACUCAAUAUCUAUUUCAUCACCUCGUCGAAAUGGCUCUGUUAGGGAUCAUCAAAUGUCAACAGCACCAAGGUCGGCUGCAGGGAGCAUACGAAGGAUGGCCGCUCCCCCAUCUUCAUUCAACAACCGCGCCGUAGGGCAGGACAAUCGAAUAACCAACUCUAUCUAUAAUGUUUUUGAUGAGGAACACCUCACGACAGUGAAAGAUAUAAUGCAGGAAAUCUUAAACGUGGAAGCAGAAUGUAAACGACUUAUGGACGCCUUCAAUGGAUUGGAAGUAACCACCUUAGCUAAGUCACAACGACGCCAACACCCUGUGCGACCGGCUCUUAAGCCAGAUUCAGGGAGUAAUGGGAAUGCCGAAUCUCAUUGGGGCGUUGAAUCGGACAGCAGAUCUCAGAGGCGAAUUAAUAUUGCGGAUGAUACCAUAUCUAUGCGAUCCGGAACAUCAUCGGUAGCCCCCUCACUUGCGCGCUCAGCCUAUUCGAAUAGGAAAGCAAGAACUAAAGUAACCCCAAUGAAUUCUCCAAUUGGAGUGAUCACUACCAAUUCCAGGCCAGGAUCCUUGCACAGGAAGAACUCUGCAUCGAGCGUGUCAUCUGAACGAAGAGCCGGGAAAGCAGGAGCAGCACCACCAAUGCCUGCGCUUCCUAGUUCGAUGUCCCAUGGGCAUUUCAAAGGAGCUAACAACUCCAACAUCAGCUUGGUUAGGAGUACAGGAAACCCUCCGAUGAAUACGGUUCAUGAAGACGACAAAUCAUCGACGGGGCAUACACUAAGAAUGGAUGCUGAGGAGUAUGAGACGGAGCUGGAGGAUAUCCGUGCGCGAAGAGAGGAAGUGAGUCAACGAUAUGAGGCACGGUUGGAGUACUUGCGGGCCAAGUUAAAGGGGGCGCAGCUGCACGAAAAGCUGAUGCGCAAGUAG